AGGACUCAAGUACGCACUCACAGCCCGAGUGGAAACCUCCUGUCAACUUUCUCUCUGAGCCCCACAGCAUCAGCAUUUUCACAGAGCGUCUUCUUCAUUGUUUCCCCUCCACACUGGGCUCUCUGUGUUUUUCAGAUGACUGUCGAUGGCAGUCAUUCUUCUGAUUAUCUGAUUUUCAGGAACAAAACCUUGGCUUCUUCACCACUCCACGCAGACGGGCAAGCGUGGCGCAUGGACUCUGUCAGGGCGCACACUCCUCUUUGAGAAACGUCUUUUUUUUUUUGCAGCACGAUAUUAUUAUCUUUUUAUUUUUUUUGGACUUUUAGUAUUUCCUUUCCCCCAAGGAUGCUCGUCUUAACCUGGAAUAGAUGCUGUGUUGUGAUGUUUCUCGUCGCCACGCUACAGACGGGGACAUCUUACGGAUCUGACGCGCGCCCGAAAGCGAACUCCAUCAAGCCAGCUCUGCUGGAGGAAGCACCUACACCCGCUACAAACCGAUCCUCACCCGGUCACAGUGGGAUCACCAAGAAAUACAACAUCCUCACACAGGUGUAUCCAUGCAGCAAUGAUAAGGAGUGCAGCGUAGGAAGCUACUGCCACAGUCCUCAGCAGGCCCCGUCUCGCUGCCUCACGUGCCGCAGGAGGAAGAGGCGCUGCCAUCGAGAUGCCAUGUGCUGUCCUGGGAACCGCUGCAGCAAUUAUAUUUGUGUCCCUAUCUCAGAGAGUGUGCUCUCGCCUCACCUCACAGCUUUAGACGAGCACAACAAACUCUCCACCAAAGAGCACAACUGGAGGAAGAGCGGGAAAGCGAAACAUUCUCUUAAAGGGCAUGAAGGCGACCCCUGUCUGCGCUCAUCCGACUGCUCGGAGGGCUACUGCUGCGCACGCCACUUCUGGACCAAAAUCUGCAAGCCAGUACUGCGGCAGGGCGAGGUGUGCACCAAGCAGAGGAGGAAAGGCUCACACGGCUUGGAAAUUUUCCAACGCUGUGACUGUGCCAAGGGCCUUUCCUGCAAGGUGUGGAAAGAUGCCACCUCAUCGUCCAAGUCCAGGCUGCACAUGUGCCAAAAGAUCUGAAGUGGAGGCAGCUGCAGUCGGCAUCCAGGCCUCUGUCUCCAUCUGCCAGGGGAAAGUUUUCUUUCUUUUUUUUUUUUCAAAGGAUGGGUUGUGGCUGUAUUGAAAGGAGAAAAAGACAGAGACUAACAAAAGACAGAACAGACUGCGUGGGUUCAAGCUCGCUAUUCUGCAAGCGGCGAGUGAACGGGAUUGCUUUUAUGUGUCUGCUGCGAGUGCUCCAUCCCUGCACCGACAAACAAAUACACACAGAAGCACACAUGCGCUUCAUGGUUUUCUGAGAGUCAGUGAUCUUCUGGUUUGCUUGCUCACAAAUAUGACAAACUUUAUACAAUCUCAUGACAAUCAGGAGGCCACAAAGUUAGCUCAUAGAUGCUGUGUUAGACAUGAAACUUUGUCUAGAUGGAAGCAAUAGAAGUAGCACUCCAUCAAGCUAUAGCUUAUAAUAAUAAGACUAUUUACAAACAAGCCAUAUUUCUAUUUACUGCACUAGAAACUCCAAAGUGGAAAUCAGUUCUGUUAUAUCCAGUCUUUCAUUACCGGGCCUGAUUUCUCCCACAGUGUGUUGACUGAUUUGUUUAAUUCUAAUAUCUCACUCUUCAUGUUGUUUGUAGUAAGUCUUGAAGAAUUUAACUGUUUGUAUGCAAGCCAUUUACAGCCAGUAACAACGUCCAGACCCAUCACAUACCAGCUAUGUUUUACCAGCAACUAAUUGCAUAUACAGUUUACUCCAGAGCUCCACUUGUGUACUGCAGCAGCACGGACUUCAAUGCAGCACAAAAAAUCCUCUUAAACCAAAGAAUGAAAGAACAUUUAGAUCAGAGUGAUGAGUUUCAUCUGGGACAUUAGCUCCUCGGUCGAUUUUUAGCCACAAGAAGAAAGAUAAAGCAUUGUGUCCGUUGUGGGACCCUCGUUUGAUCUGUCAUGUACAGCUGCAGUCUAUUGUGAUACAACUUUUGUGGGUUUGCACUGAGGUACUGCUCCUCUGCAGACUUGGUAGGUCUGAGUGGUUCUGCUUUUCCGAUCACAAAAACAGGACUCGAGAAGGGUGAUUUUUCUGACAUUUCCAUCUCCAAUAGGAAGGGAAUUGCAAAGAAUUUUAUGUGAGUUGUCCAAAACACUCGUUAAACCUUAGUUACCAAAGAGAACUACUCUUCGAAUCACCUUUUUUAACCUUGGUCAGAUGCAAGCGCAUUUUCUCUCCUCAUAGAUACCAUGCAAUUCUCUUGUGCUUAAGGCAAAGCCAUGCUUGAUCACAGUGGAACUUAAUCUAACACCCAUUUGUCAGCUACAUAGUCCCUAUAUCACAUCUUUGCAUUGUCUUUAGAGCAUCAAAUACACAUAUUUUGUACCCAUUCAAAAUAUCAAUAAGCUCUUAUAUUGUAAAUAGAUUGGAAACGAUGAAAAUGUAUUUAAGAAUAACUGUAUAUCAUGUACAUAUAAUAAAAAUAUUAAUCUUAAAGGAUACAGCAAAAUGAUCUAGGUGAGAAGACUAAUGAGGGGUGAAAUAGAGCAAGCACAGUUACACAGUUAGACUCAGAGAAAUGUAGUUCAAAUGAGAGUAAAAGUUGUGUUUAGAUAGACUGGACUGAUGUUACAGACCGGGACAAGGAGAGACAAGCACAUUAUUUCCCAUGACAGUUUGUGUACAUGGUGUGUAAAUGGUGUUAAGAUUAAUAUCCCACUAAAAUGUUGUUUUUGUCAAUACAUUGAUUUGUUUUGUGUAUUUACAAUGAUGGAUGAAUAAAGAAUGUAUUUUGUAUCA